CCGCCACAACGACACAUGUAAAGCUAACCCCCUCAACUCGAAGAGGUUACUCUUGUUCUGGCGCGUGUCAGAGCUAAAGAAUUGUGUUUCUUUGUUAUCUGUUGCUAUUGAAGAUUCGCAGGGGGAAAAAACUCACCUGGUCACAGCCACGGUAUCUACAUCCUGGAACAGCUACCAACUUGAGCCAAUUUUGAUUUGCGACUACCUCCAAAUUUGGCCAAGAUGAGUGACAAGCUCACUCGUAUUGCUAUUGUGAAUAGCGACAAGAAAUGUCGUCAGGAGUGCAAGAAGUCGUGUCCUGUGGUGCGUAGCGGCAAGCUCUGCAUCGAGGUCUCUCCCGAUUCGCGCAUCGCCUACUUGUCCGAGACUCUUUGCAUCGGUUGUGGUAUUUGCCCCAAGAAGUGCCCUUUCGACGCCAUCACGAUCAUCAACCUGCCCACGAACCUCGAGUCACAGGUGACGCACCGUUACUCUGCCAACAGCUUCAAACUUCACCGUCUGCCCAUGCCGCGGCCUGGAAACGUUCUUGGUCUUGUUGGAACCAACGGUAUCGGAAAGAGUACAGCUCUUAAGAUCCUCAGUGGUAAACUCAAGCCCAACUUGGGCAAGUUUGAUAACCCUCCGGACUGGGAGGAAGUCAUCAAGUACUUCCGUGGUUCCGAACUUCAGAACUACUUCACAAAGCUACUGGAGGAUGACCUCAAGGCUGUCGUCAAGCCGCAAUAUGUGGACCAGAUCCCGAAAGCGCUCCGUCCUGGUGCAGAGAAGAGUGUCAAGCAUCUCAUCGAGAGCAGGAGAUCCCUUGAUAACCUUGACCAAGUCCUUGAUGUUCUAGAGUUGCGACACAUCUAUGACCGUGACAUCAACUUGCUUUCUGGUGGAGAACUGCAACGUUUUGCCAUCGGAACUGUCUGUGUUCAAAAGGCCGACGUAUACAUGUUUGAUGAGCCAUCAUCAUACCUUGAUGUCAAGCAGAGAUUGGCUGCCGCCAGCAUCAUUAGGUCUCUGCUUCGCCCAGACGACUACGUAAUCGUAGUAGAGCACGAUUUGUCCGUGCUGGACUAUCUCUCGGACUACAUCUGCGUUCUUUACGGAAAGCCGGCGGUCUAUGGUGUGGUCACCCUGCCGCACUCGGUUCGUGAGGGCAUCAACGUGUUCCUCGAUGGUCACAUUCCCACGGAGAACUUGCGGUUCCGUGACGAGUCUCUCACUUUCCGCAUUGCUGAAGCAGCUGAUGAGUUCCAGAUCGACCGCAGCCGUGCGUUCAACUAUCCCCCCAUGGAGAAGACGCUUGGCAACUUCAAGCUUCGCAUUGAUGCUGGCGACUUUGAGGACUCGGAGAUUAUUGUCAUGAUGGGAGAAAACGGUACCGGCAAGACAACUUUUUGUAGGCUCUUGGCUGGCGCUCUCAAGCCCGACUCUGCCAAGAAGGUGCCUGAGAUGAAGAUCAGCAUGAAGCCUCAGACGAUCACACCCAAGUUUGAAGGUACUGUCCGCCAGCUAUUCUUCAAGAAGAUUCGCCCGGCUUUCUUGUCGCCACAGUUCCAGACAGAUGUUGUCAAGCCGCUCAAGCUUGACGACUUCAUCGACCAGGAAGUCAAGAACCUGUCCGGUGGUGAAUUGCAGCGUGUCGCCAUUGUUCUGGCUCUCGGUAUGCCUGCAGACAUCUAUCUCAUCGAUGAGCCUUCUGCAUACCUCGACUCGGAGCAGCGUAUCAUUGCUGCCCGUGUCAUCAAGCGCUACAUUAUGCACACUAAGAAGACGGCCUUCAUCGUCGAGCACGAUUUCAUCAUGGCCACGUAUCUGGCAGACCGUGUCAUCGUAUUCGACGGCAAGCCAGGUAUCGAUGCGCACGCCAACAAGCCAGAGUCUCUUCUCACUGGCUGCAACUCUUUCUUGAAGAACCUGGAUGUGACUUUCCGUCGCGACCCUACAAACUACCGCCCACGUAUCAACAAGGCCAACUCACAGCUGGACCAGGAGCAGAAACUCAGUGGAAACUUCUUCUUCCUGGAGGACCCAGAAAAAACAACUGCUUGAAAUAUUUGUCAAUAAGGGCACUCCAGAGGAUUCUCCGUUUAAUCGGAAUAACGAUCACAAUGCAUCAGCUUCAGGCGUUUUAGGCGUUCAAAAGAGGGGUCAAUCCGGCGGUAGGGACACGGCUGGCUUGGAUGAUGAGGAGACCUCGGGCGAAGACGACGACCCGGACAUUACCUCACUCCCGACGACCAGUAAAGUUCCCCUGUUAGCCUGGUCCCACAGCUUGCCAGCUAGAUUUGUUUUCAACUUUUUCUGUUCCGAGCGGCUGUUAAGACAAGAGAUAGUACUGCCAUCUCUGCUGCCAAUAUUAUUGGCCUUUUAGCUUUGAUCUACCUGCUAUGAUCAGGCGGGAAGUAAGGUCAGGAUUAGGAACAGCAAAGUCAGAGCGGUAUUUGGGUUAAAGAUACAGCAUGGUCAAGUGUGGAUUGAGGGGCAACGGUUAAGUAGGAUGACUGUCGUCAACGCAUCCAUUAUGCGUGGAUGGGUAUUCGUAUGUAAAUGAUAUAAGGUCAAGUCAAUUCGCAAAUCUCAAAAUUCGGA